AUGGGUUCCAUUGGUCAAGGAUCUUCGCAUCAGCUUCCUGUGCGGGGCAAGACUAACACCUCAGUCUUUGGAAGCGCUAUGAAGAAGGAGUUUAUGUUUGAUCCCGAGUGGAGAAAUCUUAACCAUGGUUCCUUCGGCACAUAUCCUCAGGCUGUCCGAACAAAAUUCCGCGAGUAUCAGGAUGCGAGUGAAGCUCGCCCUGACCCAUUCAUUCGCUAUGAAUACCCAAAAAUCCUCGAUGAGAACCGUGCUGCUGUCGCUAAGCUUCUCAAUGCCCCAGUGGACAGUGUUGUGUUUGUCUCAAACGCCACUACCGGUGUUAACACAGUCUAUCGAAACAUGAAGUGGAAUGAAGACGGAAAAGACGUCAUCAUCAGCUUCUCGACCAUCUACGAAGCUUGCGGCAAGGUCGCGGAUUAUUAUGUUGACUACUACGACGAGAAGGUGACUCAUCGUGAGAUCGAGCUCACAUAUCCUCUCGAUGACGACGAGAUCAUCAAGAAGUUUGAAGACACUGUCGAGAAAGUCGAGUCUGAGGGCAAGCGGGUUCGUAUCUGCACGUUUGAUGUUGUCUCCUCUCGACCAGGUGUUGUCUUCCCUUGGGAAGAAAUGGUGAAGGCUUGUCGUCGUCUCAAUGUGUUGAGCAUGGUUGAUGGCGCUCAAGGCAUUGGAAUGGUAAAGCUGGACAUCUCCGCCGCUGACCCAGACUUCUUCGUGUCAAACUGCCACAAGUGGCUUCACGUACCACGAGGAUGCGCCGUCUUCUACGUGCCUCAGCGCAACCAGGCACUUAUCCAAACGACACUCGCUACCAGCCACGGGUACGUGCCGAAGCUGGUGAAACGCAUCACACCACUCCCUCCCAGCUCCAAAUCUCCAUUCGUCAUCAAUUUCGAGUUUGUCGGCACGCUUGAUAACUCGCCAUAUCUUUGCGUAAAGGACGCUAUCAAAUGGCGAGAAGAAGUCCUCGGCGGAGAAGAUGCCAUCUUGGAGUAUAUCUGGGACUUGAACAAGAAAGGCAGCGAACUAGUAGCUGAGAAGCUGGGCACGACAUAUAUGGAGAACAGCACCGGCACAUUGCGAAAUUGCGGCAUGGCUAACAUUGCGUUGCCUGUUUGGACUGUGGAGGGUAAGGAGGGUGAGGUUGCCAUCUCAGCGGAGGAGACACAGACGGCGUUCCAGUGGAUUCUGAAUACGCUUAUUGACGAUUACAAGACGUUUGUGGCGCUGUUUCUGCAUGGGGGAAGGUUUUGGAUCAGGACCAGUGCUCAGGUUUACUUAGAGAUUGGGGAUUAUGAGUGGCUGGGUGAUGUGUUGAAGGAGGUUUGUGAGAGGGUUGGUAAGAAGGAGUAUCUCAAGUAG